GGUCCCUAUGGCUGAAUGGUCAGUGGAGCCUUGUUGGCUUUAAGAACAGACCAAACCAGAGCUUUUCUCAAUUCUCAGCUCAACUCAACAAAAGAUCUGCAAAGUCAGUCAAGGAAGGAAGGAAGAGGAAGAGCUUCAAGCAAAUCGAAGGAGAAGAAGAUGUCGUGGCAGACGUACGUUGACGAUCACUUGAUGUGCGAAAUCGAGGGCAACCACCUCGGCUCCGCCGCUAUCAUCGGCCACGACGGCAGCGUCUGGGCCCAGAGCGCCUCCUUCCCUGCGUUCAAGCCCGAGGAAAUUACUGCGAUCAUGAAGGACUUUGAGGAACCCGGUUCUCUUGCUCCAACCGGACUCUACCUUGGUGGUGCUAAAUACAUGGUGAUCCAAGGCGAGCCUGGUGCUGUUAUUCGCGGCAAGAAGGGUCCCGGAGGUGUCACAGUCAAAAAGACCACCGCAGCAUUGAUAAUUGGGAUCUAUGAUGAGCCUAUGACUCCUGGGCAAUGCAACAUGAUUGUUGAGAGGCUUGGUGACUAUCUCAUCGAUCAGGGUCUCUAGGCAUUUUCUGCACUUAUCAAUGGGUUUUUAUUUCUUUGUUGAUACUCGAAGUAAAAAUUUAAGUCAUGGAUUUGGUUACUCUCUGGAGGUUUGGUGCUUGGGGAAGUGAUGAGGAUGAUAUCUUGCUUCUUGUAUUUGUUCUCUAGUUCGACGCAUACCUGAUGACGGUGAUAGAACUGCAAAAGCCAAGUUGGAUGUAUGGAUAUUGGGGUUUAAUGUGAUGGGUGUUUUGAGUUGAUUGAAGAAACUUAUCUUGAGUUUUGUUGUAUCUACUGAAACUGGUCAGUUGAUAUAUAUCCUGUCCCCCUUUCUCUCUACAAUGCUCAUUAUUCAA